AUGUUAUAUUACCAAAAUACAGUGAAUAAACGUUGGAUUUCAACAAGUCUUUCAUCAAUGGUAAGAUUUGGAUCUGGUGGAAAGUUACCGCCAUCAUCUACCUCUGAUAAUGGAUUGAAAUUAUUAGGUAAACUUAUGGGUACAUUAAAAAGUGGAACAUAUAAAAGUGGACAAUUAUUUAUUCAUAAAAUAUUUGGCUAUCGUGGUGUAAUUUUUCGUAAUUUCGAGACUAAACUUUAUGGAGCCCGUGGAGGUACUGAUAUAACAAAACACAAAAUUAUACCAUCUUAUCAAGUCUUUAUUCAUAGAGAAGACUGGAAAUCAAUGCGCAUGCCAACAACAUUAACUGCAUAUCUUGAUGGAAAUGACGAUAAAAGGGAAAAAGCUUUAUCACACAUAUUAGGAAUGGAUUUGGUAAUGCAUGGAGAUGUUAUACCUUAUAUGCCAUUGUCAAAUGUGAAACCUAUUGAACAUGACCUUUUUGAAAGGUUAUUUUCUAUAGAGAAAUCUUCAAAAACUGAUGGUUUUGUAUAUACAAUGAAUAAACAAGGAAAAGCUAGUUAUGAUAAUGCCCCAAAUACCUUUAUUCAUCCCCAAUGUGCAUACCAAACUACUGAAAAUAACAUUCAAAUGACGAUAACAAUAUUCUAUCUUGGAAAAAGCAUAACAAGUUCGAAUGAAAAUCAUUGUUGGAGAUAUGUUAUUAGGGUACACAAUUUAGAUGAAACAAAUUGUGUUUUUCUAUCAGAAACAAGAUUAAAACUUUUUAGUAUGAAUAAUACUAGUGAAAAAAGUAUUAAAGGUGAUACACAUGUAAAGAAUCCAUAUUUAACUAAAGAAAAUCCUUGUCUUCAAUAUAGUAGUGUUAUUGAAUUACCAUAUCCUAAAGGAAGUCAUAUGUGGGGUACAUUAUUAUUUGAAAAUUUUAAUGAUAAAAGUAAAUUUAAUAUUCAAAUUCCUACAGUAAAAUUAGAAGCAAUAAAGACUGAUGAAAUAUUAGAACUUGAAUCUGGUGAUUUUACUGAUAACAACACUACUCCAAAAGAAUAA